AUGAAGGCGAAACCUUCUACAGAUGCUUCACCGACUAAGGAAUUUCAUUUGAAGGUAUCUUAUGAAACCCUCCUUCAAGGAAUUCUUGGUCCAAAUGACACUGCUGUUGCAGUAAAGGUACUCUACCUACAUCAAGAAGGAGCCCUAAAAAGCUUCGUAGCUGAAUGUGAAGCCCCGAGAAACAUUCGGCACCGGAAUCUUGUUAAAAUCUUGACUGCUUGCUCAAGUCUUGAUUUUCAAGGUAAUGACUUCAAAGCUCUUAUCUAUGAGCAUAUGCCCAAUGGAAGUCUGGAGAGUUGGCUACAUCCAAUUUCAGAAGCAGGGGAUGUAGAUGGUGAUUUGAGGAUACUAAGUCUUCUCCAAAGAUUAAACAUUGCCAUUGAUGUGGCCUCUGCUCUAGAUUAUCUUCAUCAUUAUUGCCAAGAUCCAAUUGUUCAUUGUGAUCUGAAGCCUAGCAACAUCCUACUUGACAAUGAUCUGAUUGCUCAUGUGGGUGAUUUUGGAUUAGCAAGGUUCGUUCCAGAAGCUACAACUAGAUGCAAUCUAAAUCAAAGCAGCUCAGUAGGAUUGAAGGGAACAGUUGGGUAUGCUGCACCAGGAGGGAGAGGAGAAGAUGAGGAAUUAACUUGUGAAGAGAAAUGUAUUGUGGGGCAGGGAAAAGAUGACCUGAAUCAAGACUGCCUGGUUGCAAUACUCAAAAUUGGAGUUGCUUGUUCAGUGGAAUCACCUAGAGGGAGAAUGGAUAUUAGCCAUGUUGUCAAGGAAUUGAAGCAAGUCAGAGACACUUAUUGGAUCUGCAUUGAACUAAGGCCAAUGCAUGAACAAAUUAUUGAAUUUCUCAAUUCUUUGUAA